AUGGCCGCAACGUCGCAAAUCCCAAACCGCACCUCCCAACGCGCCUUCCGCCAACGCCGGACUGAGCGCCUCCUCGCUCUCCAGUCCCGCGUCGCAGGUCUCGAAAAGCAAGUCGACGCGGCGAAAGUGGUGAAUCGGCUAUUAGCACAGAUGACCUGUUUGCGAGCUCUCGGAGAGACGGAGGUGGAUGAGGUGGCUGGGGAACCGCCUUCUUGUGAUGAGGGGACGGGGUUUCAGACGUGUGAUUUGACGUUGUUGGGACAGGGGUUGGGAAGGGGGUAUUGGGAUGCGUUUGCAGGCAGGGAAGGAGAAUUUGAGGCGGAUGAUAGGGUGGAUUGGCAGACGGGGGGGUUGGGCGAGGGGGCGCUUUCGGAGGCGUCGCUGUUUGGGCGGGUGCUGGAUGGGGCGGGGUGGGCGUGA